AUGUUGAAGAUGUUCAGGAGAAACAGUCCCUUUGGCAACGACACCAGCAGCUACACAGGAUCGAUCCAGUCAAAUGGUUACUCCACCAUGGAUGAGGUGUCGUCACAGGUGUCAAGUCAGUCGAAGCCCAGUGCAAAGUCAAUUUACUUGCAAAGGAUGGAGUAUGCCGUAUCAAUAAACAAGAUGAUGGACAAAUUUCAGUACAGAGUGGAGCACUUGUUCACCUGUGACCUGAAUGGGAAGGAGUUGAGAAGCGUAGCGGACUGCGUGGAGCGGCUUAAGCUGCUGGACGGGAUGGGUCGUGUGUGGGGUCAGAACAUGUUGCUGGAGGUGCGCGGUGCCAACCUGCUGCUCACAGACAUGGAAACCAAGGAGGAGCUGGAGUCCAUGGCUUUCAGUGACAUCCUGGAGCUAAAGGCUGUGCUGGACACUGGAGUGUUUAAGUCCCUGCUCACAGUGUCGGUCCAGUCCGGGGAAAAACACACCCCCACUGUCUUCAUGUUUCAGUGUGAGGAUGUCAGGGCUGACUAUGUUCAAAGGGAUCUCUCAGGAGCAAUGUCCCGCAGGAGUAAUGAUUUAAGCAUCAGCAAUGCAGGACUAAUAGCAGGUCAUCGGGGAAUGAAAAACCUUUGUGAUGCUGCAGAAUCUUCUGAACCUAAAGAGCCGGAGCCUGCAGUUGACCCAGUGCCCCAAUGGAUGGCUCCUGACUAUGUCAUGGACGGUAUGCCCCCUGCAGCAGAGUUUGAAGUGUGUCUUCAUAAAAUCAAAUGUGGUUUCAACCUUGUGGUGGUGUCUCACUGCCCUGAGGAUCUGCCACCGACCAUUGUGGCGCCGCUGCUGACACCUCAGUGUAUCCGCCUCCUGAGUGAAGAGGCCUCCGCAGAACAGGACCAGCUCUGGCAGUCUCUGGGAGACGCCUGGAACAUCCCCAGUACCAAAUGGCCAGAAGAUGACGAGGACAUCCCAACAUACACUCUGGAGUUCCUUGAUGGCUGGCAGCCCCCUGAGGUGACUGCAGCACCUGAACCCAGAGAGCCUAUAAGAAGACAGGCACCUCAACAACCUGCACCCAGCCAGGCUUCAGCCAAGUGGACACCACCACCUCACCCCCCCAAAAAAACACGCUCAGGUGAGUCAAAACUGCGUCACAUACAGGUUACGAAUGACUUCAUCUCAAGAAACCACAGAGAGCUCACUGUUAGAAAAGGAGAACUAGUUGAGCUGCUGGACAUGUCGAAGCAGUGGUGGAAAGUGAGGAACAGCAGAGGGGAGGAGGGCUUCGUACCCAACAAUGUUCUGGAGGCUCGUGUCGACGAGCAACCUAUCGAAGAGACUGGAGGUUCUCCUGUCCUCACUAAGAAGUCCAAGCCUGCAGAAGUGAAAGCCUGGCUCACAGACAAGGGCUUGAGUAAGAUCACUGUACGCUGCCUGGGCGUGCUGAGUGGCUCUAUGCUGCUGGGGAUGACCAGAGACGAACUGAAGACAAUGUGUCCAGAGGAAGGGGGACGAGUCUUCUCCCAGUUACAAGCGGUCAAGUCUGCCAUGGCUGUCGGCAUUUAAAUGAGACCAACAAGAGAACAUCAAAGAGGAGCGAGAAUACGAAAUCAUCGUGGACCAAAUACUAUAAGCCAU